AAGUGAAUGGAAGAGACUCUGUUUGUGUUUUAAGUGAUGGCACCAUAGUUGAAAUUCUAAACAUUGUCUGUCCUGCCAAUACUCAAGAAGCGUGCAUACUCGGCAGAAAAUUCAUCGAGAAGCACGACCUCUACACCUAUCCUUGCAAGUCAACAAUGCUUGGGAUCUGUAAAGUGUCACGCAUGUCGGUGUUGCAGUCGUGGCCACUGUCAAGUGUUCAAUUCAAAUGCGUGAGACUACCUUUCGAAACUGCGCAUGUCAUUAUUCCUUUGCACCACACUACAUAGGAUGUUCCGCAUCAAGGUCAAUUUCUCCUCAUUUUAGAUGAAAAGUCCUUUGCCAUCGUGAAAUUCCCAGAUGAAGAUGACUGCAUUGGAAUAAUUCAUGUCAACUGGCUUUGUGGCGGUGGCGUAUGCAUGUGGCCCCCGCAAAGAAACGCAACAAAGCUACGUGCUCUAAUUGAAGAAGGGAGAAUGCUAACUGAGAAUUGGACGAGACAGAAAUGCAAACCAUUGGGACUCUUCUGCACCUAUGAACAGGCAAGGCGGAGGCUUCCCCUUGCGGAAGUCACUUCUGACCUUUCAACAGACCAAGACCUCGGACGCGGAAAGCGGAAGCGUGUCGCCAGAACCAUUAGCAGCUCUGAAGAUGAAGACUCUAGCCUUCUUCCCGAUCCUCCUACUCCACCACUGUAUAUGACAACCCUGCCAAAACAAAAAGUCAGCACACCGUCCAGCUGCAGUGAUGUAUCACAAACACCUCUGAAGGGCUACAGCAGAGGCACAGCACUCAACAUCUUGGGCAGUGAUGCAGACUGUGCUGACGAGGAAGACCACACAAUGACAUGCAGAAUAAUUCGUGGAUCAGCGGCCACUGCUUCUUCAUCCAGCAGUCAGCGGUGUUCAGUAACCACUGUACAAGACCGGUUUGGCACGGCAUCUGAUGUUGGAAUGAGCAAUGUUGGGCUGUCCAAUGAGCAGUGCAGAAGUGACCAGAGGUCACCUCCUGUGCUUGUUUCAAGAAGUGGGGUGCACCACCGAGAUAAAGGCCAGACAAACACACUACCAGGGAGUGCUGAUGCUACAGCUUUUCAGAAACGCGUGCUGUCGUUGCUCCACUUCAUCAGGUAUGAAGUUCAAGACCAUUCGGGCCUUCUUACGCGCAUUCUGUCAAAGUUAGACAGCUACAAGGGUGAGGAGGAAGAGGAAAAACUAUUUGGUGAACCCACCGACAGCCUUAGCGACUUUCUGGAGUUCGACAAGGAGCUUCGGGUUGGAAAGCAAAAGCAGGUUCAAGUGCGUACCUUCCUUGGAAAGUUUGGAGGCCGUGACACUGCGGACCAAGUGGCACGGAUGCUUUCACGUGUACUUACCGACAACUUGGCCACUGAGUUCAGCUGGUGCGGAGCAAGGGGCAAACAAGCCUUCAAGGACCUUGCCUUUGUUGACAUACUGUGCGAAUCUGUGACAUCCUCAUCAGCAAAGCACAAGGAGAAUGCGACCUUCAGAGACGUUGAAGAAGCAGUAAAAUCGUGGCUGCGUCACGCAAAGGAAAGGAUGGACCGGAAGACAGAACGGGCAGCCAAAAUGUCAUCAUAAGCGUCACCAUAAGCUUUACCUGACAAGGUUCAGAUGCAGCAGACUGUGCCAUUUGCAGAUUUUGUGAUCUAAUUGUUUGCACUUGCUUCACACAACUAUUGCAACAGACAACACAAAUGUGAUGUAUGAGUACAUUUCAAGUGUUGUCAUAGUUGUCAUAAUAAAGCGGGGUCUGAGGCCUCCCCUUCAGUCUUGGAUUACACAGCUGUAGCACUGGGGGAGACGUCCUUUGUGGAUAGUGUGGGAAGUCGCUUCCGAAUGCAUGUGCCUUGAAUUUGUCUGUUCCCCACCUGCGUUCAAGAGCUACUGUCCUAGCAUUAUCAAAGACAAAGGUCAUAUCAGUAACUUUCUGCUUAAAUUUGUAAUGCUCUAGUUUCCGCUGUACAACAUGUACUACAGGGGGCAUUAAAAACUCUGACAGAUUGGAAGAACAUAAACAGAAUAUUAUGAGGCCUCGGACGGAUAAUUGUUGUAUGCGGUUGUUGAUUACUGAAAGGAUGGGAACGUGUUUGUCUUUGGUAUUCCUCGGACACUAGCUCUUGCAAACAGGUGGCGAACAAAAAAAUGUCUAAUGAUAAGGCACGUAAAUUCUGAAGCUACUUCCCACAAUAGCAACAAAUGGCCGCUCCCCAAUUGCUACAGGAGUGUGAUCCAACAUUGAAAGUAUACCCCAGACCAUGCUCUGCUGUGACAACUGUCGCACCACAUUCCAAGCCUCCCCUCGCGACAAAAUGUCCCAUUCAUUAUCAUGAAAGCGAAUCGUCGUUCUUAGAGCAAUUGAAACAUCACGUAUUUGUAUGAUCUCUUGCUGUUGUUGUGCGUAGCGGUGCAGAUUUCAUGACGAUAUCUCUCGACCUCUGUUCCGUUUUCAGUUGCAUUGCAGUUGGUUGAUACAGUUACCUCUCACAUAUGGUGCUACACAAGGUGUUUUAGAGAAAUUAUGCAUUUGUCUGGUCAGACAUAUGUAGUUGCAAAAGUGUUAUAAUCAGUCAUUUGAUAAGUCUCAUGCUAGCUCGGGCAGUGAGACACCUACAUGCGCAUUCCUACAGUUCCCUUCAAAGAAACUGUUUAUUAGUAUGCUUCCGUGGUUGAGGCACACCAGUGCUUCAUUUUUUGUUGCUGUUUUUACUCUGCACAAUAUAUACAGUGCGGUGAAGCCUUGGGUUGUAAUUUAAUUUUUGAGUGAAUAUAUAUUCUCUCUCAUAUUCAGACUCAACAUUUUUCAUGGAGUGUCUACUCAGGAGUCAGCUUUCUAGUCAGAAGCUUUUGCAAAGUGUGAAGGGCUUGUGUAUUUGUAAAGAGGAGUUGUGUUUUUUUGCAUUUGUAUGGUUGCCCUUUGUUGCUCCUGUCAUCGGGCUUCCGAAACUUGUGAUAUCUAGCAUGAAGAAACAUGCUCACUCUACUUUUUAGAUCCUCCUCAUGUGUAUUUAUGUAUAUGUAGCUCUUUUUUUUAAUUCUAAGCAACGGCAGUGUGUCACUU